UGUAAUUACCGAAAAGCCCGGAGGGGACCGUAAGCGUCGCUGCGCCCGCCCUGGGGCUUUUGUGGGCAGGCGGCUGCUGCACAGCGCUCCCGCGGGGCCGGACCCACCUCCUCGCUGCUUCCAGCCGGUCAUCCCCUCCUUCCCAGUCCUCAGAGUGCGCCUGGAUGGUGAAGUGACCUUCCGUCUUUUCCCCGCGAAGGAAACGUCCCUGUCCCGUCACUCAUUCGUCCUUAUCCCGUAUUAUUUGCGAGGUCCGGCCAGACGCGUCACGUUUGCUGAGGAGAUCCGUGUUCUGUCCCGGAACAAAAUCCUCUCGGAACAAGCAGGAAAGGGGGAUGAGCCCCAAACCGAGCCUGGAAGCCCCCUCCCCCGAAGAUCACUACCCCCAAGAACAAGGUGGGGGUGCAAGAAAAAGAUCAGGCCAGGGGGUCUCCUUUCACUGUUGGGUUCCAUUGGUUUAUACUUAAGAAGCUUUGACCCCGGAGAUUUCCUCUUCGGCCAACGCAGGGGCAUGACUUCUGUUUGCUUUUGGGCCCUUCCAGGGUUCGUGUAGUUGAGGGCUAGACGUUUCAUGGGGAGGGGGUGUCACAGGCCGUUUGGUUGAGUUGGAUUCCUUUAUCACCUGGAACUCCCUACCCAGAGAAAUGGGAAGGGGUCCCAAAAUUUUGGCCCAACCCACCCAGUUACAGGGACGGAGUGCGGCAGGUCUGGGAUGGCAAAAGUGACACUUUUAGCGCUCCUGCUCUAAAUAUGUCUAGUUUUGAUUUUUUUAUUAUUAUUAUUAUUUUGGGUACUUCUAUGCCCCUCUACUCUGAAAUGGCUCCAAGUGGCAUGGGACAAAAAUAGAAGUCCAAAAUCUCAAGACAGUGAAAAUAUAAUAGUACUAAUCAGCAGGGGUUGAUCAUAACAGAAAAUCUAACAUCUCUCAAAUGUUCUCUUCUAGGAAGGAAGUGAUCCUUAAAGGUGGGGGCAAGCUGUUCCACAGGAGGGUGCCCCUACUGAAAAGGCCCAGUUCCUGAGUCCUUUUCUCAGUCUCAGCGAUUUUAAGGUGUGUGGACUUAAUUCCCCAUGCUGGCUGGGGAAUUCUGGGAGUUGGAGUCCACACAUCUUAAAAGUUGCUGAGAUUGAGAAACACUGAUCUAGAAGUCUUUUGGAAAUGGGACCCUCAAGAGGACUUCUUUCCCAGAUCUUACAGGAUAGGCAAAUUCAUUUCGGAGGAGGCAGUCUUGAAGAUAGCCAGGUCCUGAGCUAUGUACCAGCCAGCACUUUGAAUUUCACCCAGAAUAUCUCCCAAGUUUUUUGUCUUUGUUUUUAUUAAACAAGCCUCUGAGAUGGGCACAGGAGACACUUUUCAUUGUAAUAGACUUGCUGUGCAAAACGGAGCCAUAAUAAAUCUGUUAACCUUUAAAGUGACAUACUUUUUGUCUUUUUCUACAAAACACUAACAGUCAAUUUCAUGACUGGGUUCACACAUAAUGCUAGGCCUUAUAUUUUUUUAAAAUGUUUGCUUUGUUGAAUAAGCCCCAGUUGCCUGGGCCCAUACAACAUGUAAUGCAGUAAACCAGGUGACUGGGUUCAUACACAUAGACAAAAAUGAAACAAGUUGCGUCAUGAUGUAUAACAAGAAGUUUAAGGUACACAUAUAUAAGAUUAGGUAAUAUCCCCAAAGAAACCCUGCUGCUUUCAGUUUGUUGAAGAUAAAAGUCACAGGAUAACUAUGGCCAAGCUAUCCACUUUUAGGAAGGGUCUCCAUAGGUGAAAGUCAUAUCCAGUAAUAGUUAUCCACUAUAGAAAGACUGUAAUCCAAUCACCUUUUAGAAGUACUGCAAUUUACUUGUUAGGAAAAUGGUCAGUUUUUUUUAAAAAAAAUUUUUAGAUUUCAGUGGUAAAAUCCAACCUGUAUUCGGUGAAGGUUCCAGGGUCAAAUCCUAGCAUUUACAGAGUAGACAGGGCACUAGAGUGAACUCUGCCUGAUGAUUUGGUGAACCUUUGCCAGCCAGGAUAGUCUCCAGCUGUAAGGUAGCUUUCACGAUUGAUUCAGUCAAUUGCCAAGCUUCAGUUGAUCUAAUUCAAGUUGAUUGGUAUCCUCAUUCAUUGUUUGUUUUGUUUUGUUCACCCUGAACUUUUAUUAGCUAGAAGGCUAAAUAAAACAUUACAUUAGAUCAUCUUGCCUUCAGGGAAAUUCCAAUUAUAGGAACUAGUAGUUAUCACAGCUUUCCUUAUUCUGCCUGGCUAGAUGGUAGCUCCUAACCAACCUUAGCUAAUCUUGGAAAAGCUAAACAGGGCUGAACACGGUUAAUACUUGGGUGAAACAGCACUAGGAAAUGCCAGAACUGCAGGCUAAAAAGCAACUCAGAAGGCAGCCGUGGCAAACCACUUCCAUAUCUUUACCAAAAAGGCUAUAUGGAUAUCUCCAUGAAGUCACCAGGGGUUGUGCAUAAGAUUUUUCUUCUUACUCUGCAAUUUCCAAGGCCAUCUUUCUAUUUUUUUUCCACCACUGGAAAGUUACUUGGCCUAAAAAAAGAUUCAUGUAUGCCUAUCCCUUCAUAAUUGCAGGUUCUAUUUUUUUCUUUGUAUAGUAUACUUAAAAGUGCUUUGUUGCAGCUCCCAAGAAAAUGAGUUGCUAUCUGAGAAAGAUUUUCUUUAGAUACAGAAUUCAUUUGGUGAGUCAUUGUCAAGAGGUUUCAAGUAACAGCUAAUAGGUAGAAUGAGCAAUACUUUGCUAUUGGGAAGAAAAGAAAUGCAGUCAGGACGUGAACAAUUACGUGCUCUGGGACAAUGCUGAAAACCACCACGUUGCUCUUACUGAUAGUUGGAGGUUAAGCAAAGAAAAGGAUGCAGCAUCCAUUGUGUAGCUAUUAGUCUCUGUAAGUCCAGAUUGUUGACUCAGGUAACCAUAGAUGCUCCUGUUCCAUCUUAUUAUUUCCUGUUAUGGUGAUCAGCAAGACGUAUCUUAGUCCAUAAGAUAUUUCCUUUGCAAGAGUGGGAAGCUCUGGAUCCACAAAAAAAAGCAAGUACUGGUUCACUUUAGAAGGUCUACUAUAUGCAUUUCAUGUAUGCCACUUUUAAUUCUCAUUGUUAGCUUUUAAAAGAAUGCUGUUUAGUUAUUGCCCUUAAAAAUGUCAAUGUUUAUUGAUACACACACAAACAAGGUUAUCACUGAAUUUCCUCUGUCCUUUAACCGUACACAGGGAAGUUUCCCAUUCCUUCCUAAUGAGUAAAUAAAUCAGCACAUGCAAGUUCUUUCCUGUUGCAAUGAAUGGGUGUUCUCCAGUUUUCUCUGAGUCAUGCCAAGAGGAGAGUGCUCACUGUUAGUUGUGUGCUUUCAGAAGGCUGGAUCAGAGCCUGAGUGAUAUUCAGAAAUAUUUACAGAACACAGAACAUCAAAUACCUUCAAGGCAAUCAGUUUUUUUAAUUCCUUGAGAAAGCUUUAGUGGCACUGACUUCUAGAUAAACAAGAAUCUGAUCAGGCUGAAAACGUUGCAGUUUUGACUCUGAUUUCAAGAGCAAGACUACAGUAAUAAUCAGUUUAUUUUCCUGAUAGCAUGAGAUAGAAAAAUAUUUUAAAAUCCCGUUAACAUCUGAUCAAUUGCCAUGCUCCCAUUUUGCACACUGAAUGUUAGUGUGCUCUUUAGCUUUCACAUUCAACCUUUUUCAUUCUCUAGCUCAGCUUUAUCGAUGCAAAAGCACUUCACACAUCCUUUGUGUUUGAGACCCUAAUGCAGUUUAUUGAAAGGAGGCAGGCAAAUGAGGGGUUAUGCCAAAUACAGAAUUGCUCCUUAAAAAUUGUGUCCAAAUAUGAACUUUUCCUUCCUUCACCUACAUGCAUGGCAUCAUUAUGUUAUCCUGAAUCUGUUAUCACUGAGUAUUCUGGCAAGAAUUGGGGGAAAAAACUGUGGAAAAAUACAUAUAUUGGAAUUGUUGCAAGUAAAGGACUGUUUUUAGUGGCAAUCUGUCAUCUAGCAUCAUAUCUAGUUAAAGAGAGAAGGAAACCCCUGAAAAAGUUGAUUGAAUCAAAUGAAAUACAGCUGUGGAAUGCUCUGUCUUGCAGAAUGGGUUCGUUAGAAGAAAGGCAGAUAUUCCCUUGCAAUUGUUCAGGAAAGAAUAACUGCAAGAUAUAGAUUGCUCUUAUAUUUUCUGUAGUACAAUUAUUUUCUAUCACUCUGGCUUCAUAUUAUUUGGAUUGUUAAGGGAACCAUAUACUGAUAUUCAGGUAGAUCUAUUUAAGCAGACUUUGAAAGGCCUAACUGUAUUUGAUACUUGAUUCCAAGUGUCACAAAUUUUAUCAACAGACAUGCCCUUGGAAUUCUAGAGUAGACUUAAUUUACAGAAUAAUCCUAUCUAUACCUGAGAAUGUUUCUGACCCUGGAGACUCUAUGAUAUCCAGCACCUUUCAGCUUUCUUCAAAUAACAUGGAAGUGAUGGAAGAGCAGUUGCUUGCUGUUCCAUUUUCUAUCUCAGAUACUUCCUCCUUCCCUCCAUUCCUCCCUAAAGAAAAAUUCUCUCCCUACUCCCAUAAUCUCCUUACAACCACCUUAUAAAGAUGUUUAGGCUGAGAGAUUGACUUUUAAUGAACCUGUCCCUCUUGUUUGGAUUGUAGUUGAGCAACUUGAUUUUUCUCAUUAUGUUAGACAAUUGUGGGCAUCCCACAUAACUUUGUGGGUGUGUGUGGGGAAUAUUAUUGGCCAUCUGGGAGAAGGAUGCCCAGCAACUCCUAUCUUCUCCCCUAAAUUCUCAACUAAUGCUGAGUCAUGGAGAAGGUGUUGGGAUUUCUCCAGCCUUUUCUCCAGUCCUGAUUGCACAGAAUGGACCCCAUUGUCCUGAGUUACAUGGACAGUUUGCUGAGACAAUCGGAUGUUUCAUUACUAGAUCCUCCCUGUUGGCUGAAUGACCACAUAAUUGGGUUUGCUUUUGAGUAUUUUGCCAACGACCAGUUCCAAGACUUCUCUGAUCAGAUCUGCUUCGUGGGCCCUGAGGUGGCUCAGUUCAUCAAAUGCACCACCAACCAGGAGGAGCUGGCCCUGUUUCUUGAGCCACUGGACCUCCUGCACAAGAAAAUUGUGUUCCUGGCUAUCAAUGACAACUCCAACCAGGCAGCUGGUGGCACUCACUGGAGCUUGCUAGUAUAUUUCCAAGAUAAAAACUGCUUUGCUCACUAUGAUUCCCACAUCAGGUGUAACUCGGUGCAUGCCAAACAGGUAGCAAGGAAUUUGCAGUCCUUUCUUGGCAAAAGAGGCAAAGUUGCCUUUGUGGAGGAGAAGGCUCCAGCCCAGCAGAAUAGCUAUGACUGUGGGAUGUACGUGAUCUGCAACACAGAGGUCCUGUGCCAGGAAUUCUUCAAGGGGCAGCAGGAACCGGUGCUUCAGCUCCUGACUCCUUCAUAUAUAACAGGCAAGAGAGAAGAAUGGAAAAAACUCAUUGCUAGACUUUCUAAGAAGUGACUUGUGACUUUCUAGCCAUUGGUCUUCUUGUGUUUUGUCUUUUUCCCUGUGCCUGAGAGGAGAAGCUUGUGCACAAGACUUUUUUUUCCCCUACAGAAAGAAUGUACUUAUCUUUGCACUUCUGCACUACAUUAUUCUGCUAUUGAUCAGAAUAGUGCUAAGCCCUGGGAAAUGGCUAUGCAUCUUCCCUACAGUUCGGAGCAGCUGCGGCUUAGCCGUUACACCCCCACCCCUGUAUCCCCCCAGAUUCCUGUGACGUUCAAGUUCUUUGUAUGCCUGUGUGUGAUCCAGUUUCAGUGAUGUCAGCAGCAGAGACACUGCUUCUAUUUAAUUAUGGCAGCUUUCAGUAUCUCUCUUUCAGAAACAUCCCUGAAUGUCUGGAAUUGAGGUCAGAUUUUAUACUGCUGUAAAUUACUGUAUCGCUGGUAUCCAAACCCUCAGUCUUAGGGCUAGGAAGGAGAGCUCUCUUAUUCCUGCUCUUCUGGAAAAGGGGAAAAAGCUGCUUGUUGUGUGAAGUGUUUUUCCUGCCUCCGGUAACUAUAGAGUUUACUGUAGUAUGACAAAACCAAAUUAUAAUAAAGUACAGUAACCUUGAAGGCAGGAGAGUAGGCUUCUCUAUUUCUAGCCCCAUCUCCUCCUGCUGUUUAUUUAACACAAUAAGAAUUUUUUAAGGUGCUGUACUUCUGAAAGAAUGCUACGAUGAAACUGAUAAAAGAGUGAAAGGAAUUCAAGUUAUCCCUCCACUAUAUAGACCAGUGGGGGGGGGGGAGAUAGCAUAUUUAUUUACAGAAACUGUAAUUUCUGUAUAUCACUUUGAGCACUUUGACCUAGAAAGUGCCUUAAUAGUGCACUGGAUCGAUUGCCCUAAAACAUAUUCAUCUGGAGUGAAGUCCAGUAAGGUUUAGUUCUGUUACCUACCAUUGUACCCUAGGAUUUCUGGGUAUGCUUGUAAAGGCAGGAGGACUUGAGUGUUCUGUGCCGAUUGGGAGCUGGAGUUGGCUCAGGUCCCAUGAGAAUUGCAGAUGCAGACAGCUGGCUGCUGUGUUAGUGGUUCUGCUGCAGAGGUUCAGUCUUUCAGGAGCACGUUAGGAGAAAAAUUGUAAUAGCGACGGAAGAAGCAGGAUUGGAACUUACCUAUUUCUCAAGCCUCCUUCCUUUCUAACUGCUGAACAAUAUGUGGGAUUUGGGAGUGAGGGUAGAAUCAUGACCAGCUGCAACUGAAGUUCUUUUGCUGUUGUGUGAUGUAAAUUUGCUUCCUUCUGCUGAACUUUUGUGCUGAAGAAAGUAACCUAUCUUGUUUGGUAACAUACCAAGCCAGGUGGUAUAGCCAUAAAGCCUAUAUCAUCUCUCCUCCCACAUCUGCUAAAUCCUGUUUUAUUGAUUCCUGAUGGAUGCUGCCUUAGCAACAAUCCUUUUUUAAGUGCUGCACAAGGAGCAUCUUCAACAGGAUUUAAGUAACAAGAUGUUCAGUUAUUUUAGUAUAUGUUGAAAUUGUUGGGCAGAAGCACCUUCAUAAUUUCUCUUAUUUGCAUAAUUGCAUAAUUUAUGUUUGGGAAAAUCUUCAGCCAAAAAUAAUAAUAAAAAAUCCAUCUGAACAGUGA